AUGCGUGUUUCAUCCAUUAAUUUCAAUUCUAUCAAGUCAGUGCAUCAGUACAACUUUGCAUGUCUUAGUUUGAUAUUUUCAAGGCUGUCUGCUCAAGUCAUCAUAAGAAGCGUGGAAGAGAUGGAGAUGAAUGCAGAAGCAGGUAGGCCAGACGUCGGUGGGAGGGGUUGGAAGAUUUGUUCUGCUGAAUUAUUUAUCAGGCUGAGCGACUGGCGUGGCGUGGUGUUCAUGAAGUUGCAUCCAACUGAAAGUCAUCAGCAGCAGCAGACCAAUGCGUUCUGUGUCGUCGUCCUGGUACAUUUCCAGAUCAUAUCGGUCAAAUAA